CUUCAUGUUCAUGCUUAGUCAUCAUAUAACUGAACUUCAAUUCAACCUCGAAAGCUACUGUAGUCACCAACACCACGCCCACAGCCCCCACAAUGUCAAGAGUAUCUUCACGCGCAAGUGGCACUUCCACGAAGCGUCUUGCUGAAGAUGGCGACAUCUGCCCCGUAUGCAAAUCCUCCCGCUACCUCAACCCCAACAUGCGCUUCCUCGUAAACCCAGAAUGCUACCACCGAAUGUGCGAGUCGUGCGUCGACCGGAUCUUUAGUCACGGACCCGCGCCCUGUCCGAUCGCUGGGUGCAAGAGGACCCUACGGAAAGCUAGGUUUAGGAGUCAGACAUUUGAAGACUUAAAAGUUGAGAGGGAGGUUGAUAUAAGACGGCGGGUGGCUCGCGUAAUGAACAAAACCGAAUCCGACUUCGAAACCCUGGCCGACUACAACAACUACCUCGAAACCGUUGAAACCGUCACCUGGAACCUCAUCCUGAAGAUAGACCUAGAAGCUACAGAACGGCGCCUCCGUCUCUGGGAAGAAGCGCAAAAAGCAGAACUCGAAUCCCUGUAUUCCAGCGCCUCGCGCCGUGUCCUCAGUACCGCGGACCAAGACCUCCAAUCCGACACACAGCGCGUCAUUCUCAAGAAAUCUGGGGUGCAAAGGAAAACCGUUAGCCAUUCGUCGUCGGCGGCAGAUACACCGGAACCCACCGCCGCGGGCAAUGCCGACACGGGCUUCAGAUUCCACGGGCUAAAGAAACGCGUUGCACCAGAGCCAGAGAAGCCCUUCGAUCCAUACGGCGGGUGGAGUCUCGAACCCCAGUAUUACGUCGUGCAACCUGAUUAUGACGUCGAUUUCAUCACAGGCGCGAAAACAGACAUCCACCAUUUGGCUGGAGGAUAUGAUCUCCGGGAUUUCUACUCUCGAGCCUUAUGUGAGGCAUUCAGCGGAUUUGGCGUGUUUGUACAAGAUGAGAUAAUAGCGAGGGAGAACGGGGUUGUAGAGCGUGUGAGGACAGAGACACAGGCUGCGGCGUCGGUGACGGUGGGUGUGAGAGAUGUGAAUAUGGAUGAUGUAUUUUAGCUUAUGAUACCCCGGUUUGGCUGCAUUAGGAUUGGUUGGGCAUUUAGAAAUGGGUAUUCUUUUG